ACACAAGUGACAUUUCUGAUGUAAACGUAAUCCAAGUACUACAUAAACAAAUUGUUUUCAUUUUCUUAUUAUUGUUUACGCUUAUGGUCAUAAAACGCACUUAUGAAGAGCUUACGUAGUUUACUUCUGCAGUGGUUUAUAGCUCCAAUCGAUACGUAUAACGAAGAAUUUAUACAAAAAUGAUUAAGUUCUGGAAAAGUGCAGCGAAAGGUAAAACUGGUUGCCCUGUGCGGCCUCCAGAAUUGAAAUCUACCAGCACACCUGAUAUCAAGAGUCUAAUUAAUACACAACUUUUGCUUGAAGAAAAUGAAGAUCCUAAACACAUGUUUGAUAAGAAUUCUAAGUUGACUUUAAGUUUAUGUGACAUUCUUAAUGAAAAGAAAGCAAUCAAAUAUUUUGUACAAUAUAUGGAAAGUAUAGGAAAAGAAGUUCUUAUCAAAUGUUGGCUGGAGAUAGAAGAUUUUAAAAUCCAAACACAAUAUCAGGAUAGUAGCAAUGAAAAUGGAAAUUAUUCAAAAAUAAAUAGAACAAAGAGUUUAGACCUUCAUUGUAAGUGUGUUUCAAAGAAAGACUAUAAGGAUGUGAACACGCAACGAUUUAGUUGGCAAGACAACAGUGAAUUGUUUACAAGCACUAGUAAUACAAGACAUAAAAAUGAAUGUUCCAUGAGUUCAUGUAGGAAUUUAUCUGAACAUUUAACAAGUAAUUCCUCAAACACAUCAAAAGAAAAUGUGAAAACAGGCAACUACACUGAGGAAGCUAUAAAAAUAUUUAAGAAAUAUGUUGCUUUAGAAGCUCCAUUUCAACUAGAUUUACCUGAUAGUAAUAGAAAAUCUGUUAUCUCAAAUAUAUGUCAGCCUGAAGGAAAGAUAACUGAAGACUGUUUUCAGCCAGUCCAAGACAUUUUGUUUAGUCAAAUUGAAAAGAAUUAUUUCAAUGAUUUUGUCAACAGCCCCUUUUACAUUAAAGCACAAAUUGACAUAUUGACAAGCGGCUCUCUGAACCUAAAAGAUAUUUUACACAAUGAGACAAUACUGUUCUAUUUUACAGAAUUUUUAGAACAAGAAUCUUGCAGGGUAUUGUUAGAAUUUCUGAUGGGUGUCAUGCACUUCAGAGAUAAUUUGUUAAACAAUAGUUCAAGCCAGGACCCAGCUCAGGCACAAGCAGAUGCUAUAGCUAUUUAUGAGAAAUAUUUUUCCCUGCAAGCAACACACCCAAUUGGGUUUCCAACUGAUAUUAGACUUACAAUAGAAAGUGACAUAUGUAGAGAGGAGGGACCGCUUCCAACAUGCUUUGACAUGCCUUAUAGAAUUGUGUUUAAAACACUGGCUUUGUAUGUCAAAACUUUUUUAGAGUCUGAACUAUAUUUCAAAUAUCUUUCAGAGAUGAUACAUUCAGUUGAAAACAUCUGGUCAACCUCCCAUCACAAAUCCCAUUCUGAUUGCAGCAGUGAAUUUAGUAUUAGUACACAAAACACUCUUCUAGCCAUGGGAGACCCAGUCUUCAGGAAGAAAAAACGCAACCUCUCUGUACCUGACAUGACAAUUGAUUCUAACCAGCUUUAUAAUGCUGAUGCUUUGUGGCAGAGAAAUAGAUCUGAUGGUUUAAGUCUGGGAAGAGUAAACAGUUUAGGCAGAUUUGAAUCAAAAUUUGAACCUGAUCCUGACAAAAAAGGAAAAUCUGUGCUAAAAAAAAUGGUGAGCCGGUUUGUGCCCACAAGUACCUCUAAAGUAGAGGAGGAAAUGGCCUGGCAAAUAGCCCAUAUGAUAGUAAAGGAUGUUACUGAUCUAACUAUGGCCCCACCGGAUAACGAGCAUGAAGAUAUGUGAUAGUUAUCAUUUAAUUACAUUAAUAUUUUGUAAAUUUAAUUAUAAUGUAUAU